AUGAACGAUGAAUCACCUCAUAGAUCAAAAAGCAUUGAAAUCAACCUCACUAAGAUGCUUGAUAGAAUGAAGAACAAUUCUUUUCAUAUGUAGAAAGUAAGUGUUGGUGAUUUAGUCAAUAAAAGUCAAACUUCUGUAAUUACUAAACCAAUAAGAUAAUCAAUGACUCCUACACCAGAUGAAAAGGAGAAUAAAGAACUUACAUUCAAACCCUAAAUUAAUGUAUUCUUUUAUUUUUAAUAAGAAAUAUCCGAAUUAUUUGAAAUAAACAUCAUUCUUAGAAAGAAAUGAAUAAUGGUAAAAAAAUAAAUUACAAAAAUAAUAAGAAACAAACAAAGCUUAUUUAGAAGAAAAAGAAAAGAUCAUUAAUAAAGAGUGUUCUUUUAAGCCCAAAAUCACUCCUCACUAAUCUGCAAGGAUUCCUAGACAAUAAAAACAAUAGUAACCAUAAAAUACAAAUACUACCAAAUAAUAAUAAAACACCAUUUCAGCCAUCUCAAUGCAAGCUUUAUAAUAUGAACUAAGAAAAUAGUUACAUGGACUUCAAUUAUGA